UGCAGAAGACUGCUUACCAAACCAUCACCAUACUUCACCAGCUUUCUUAGCUUGGACAUACUGUGGGCAUCUGUUUGAGAAGCAGUUAUUUUGUAUAUUGUCGUACACUUUUUCUAAGCACGGAAACACAGUUUAACGUAACAUUUUGAUAUUGAUUUAUUUUCUUUAAACCAGGUGUGGCCCUCAACAGUCAGCAUGUGUACGGGAAGGUGUGCUCGCUGCCUUGGGAUCUCUCUCCUCCCUUUGGUUUUGGCGUGCGUCCUAGCCAACGCUUUCCUUCUCUUCCCAAACUUCGAGUACCGCUACCUCAUAGAGGGGAACGUCAGCAUGCAUGCUUGGGUUAUGAGUGGACUGUGGGGUGGGGGAUUCAUGGUUUUUAUUGGUGCCAAAUCGUUUAUGUCCGCCAGUUCCAAAAUGGGUUGCUGUGGAUUCAGGACUAAAAUGCUGUGCUCCAUUCUGUAUUCUGCUGUGGCACUGACUGGCUCCACCCUGUGCUUCAUGAUCUGCUGCAACGGGCUGGUAAAGGGGCCUCUCUGCUCGUACAAAGUGACCUUCAGCAACAGAAGCCAAGGACUGGAGUGGGGCUACCCUCUCGAGCAGUUCAGCACAAGGGAGGUGAGCUAUCUCUACAACCGCACCCUGUGGUUCACGGUCUGCGUGGAGCCUCACAACGUGGUGCUCUGGAACGUGGUUCUCUUCUGCAUCCUCCUGGGGCUCAGUGGAGCCGAGGCCCUUCUCUGUGUCGUUCAGAUUCUCAACGGACUUGCUGGCUGUGUAUUUGGUCCUGGUGUAAGAAACAACAAGGUUGGACCGGUUUGAAGCAAGAAACCUCAAGCAAGAGAAUGUGGUAACCUGCAGAUUAAGUUUGAGUUUUUCAUAACAAUAACAGAAGCUGUAAACUGCAAAGCUUCAGUCUGGAGUACUAUAUGGAACUAUGGCUUCGGUCACAACAUGCUGUAAUUGGAAAACAUUUUCCAGAGUUCCCUGCUGUAAGGGGGAGAAAAAGGCUGAGAUGUCUUAGAACAAAAACUUAUGAACAAGAGGCCAUUCAGCCCAUCUAAGAUCAUCUGGUUCCUAGUAGUUGACUGAUCUCAGAUCUUUGUCAAGUCUGGUCUUAAAGGAUCCAAGUGAUUCUGCUUCAACAACAUGACCUAAUGGGUAACCCAUUCCAUUCCCUUCCAUUCUCUGUGUGAAGAAGUGCCCCUUCCCUCUGUCCUAAGUCUAUCUUCAAUUAAUUUUCAGCUGUGCCCUUUAGUUCUGGUUUCUGUACUGUGCUUUAAGUAUUGGUUAAGAUUAACCCUCAUUGGAAAGCAGACUUUCCUGGUAAUCUGGGGUCCAAGCGGACCCCAGCAAUAAAACAACAUAUAUAUAACUAACAACUGGAGUAA